CGUAAUUCGCUUUGCUAUUGAACGGCGGAUCCAAGUAAAUCAAGUCAACCGAUUCGCUAUUCAUGCCUCGCAUGAUAGGGAGAUUGUCCCCAGUAAAUAUCGUCUUGGGAUUCACAUUAGCAUUCACGCAUACACCUUCCACAAAUUCUGUCAUCUAUUGUUUAUCUUGGAUUUUCCAUCCCAGUCCUUUAUCCACUUGCUACAGUGGGAGGGUG